AUGUUUCCCGUUCCUAUGCUAACGGUCCUCGAAGCCAGAGAAUACCGAACAAAGAGAGUAAAGGACGCCAAAACAGAGGCCCAGAAGGAGAUUGAGGAAUACAGAAAGAAAAAGGAAGAAGAGUUCAAGAAGUUUGAAGCCGAGCAAUCGAGCGGGAACAAGAAGGCCGAAGACGAUGCGAACAAGGAUGCCAAUGCUAAAGUAAAGGAGAUCGAGCAGGCGGGGAAGAAGGCAGGAGCGAAAGUCGUCGAAGACCUCAUCAAAACGGUCAUGUCUCCUUAUCCUGAGGUGCCGGACAAGAUCUCAAGGGAGGACUGA